GGAGCGGACAUUGACAUCCGGGUGGUGCGCGACGGCAAGGGCCCCAAUCGGGACGUGUGGGCCAACUUCCACCAGUACUCGCUUCAACCACCAGUGGGCUUGUUGCGGGCAGACAACAACUGCCCUCCCUGGAGGCAAGACCUGCGAGAGAUGUUCCAUGCCAUCGUCUGUGACCCUCCCUACGGCGUCCGGGCAGGCGGCCGAAAGUCGGGCGGGAGGAAAAUUCUCAACGGGGUGACAGACCCGUACGCCAUAGCAGACAACUUGAAAGCUGCCCACAUUCCCUCCACCGCCCCUUACUCCCUGGAAGAGUGCCUCCACGAUCUUUUAGACACGGCUGCCCGUCUGCUCGUCAUUGGUGGGCGGCUUGUUUAUUUCUACCCUGCUGCCCGAGAGGAGUAUCUGCCCGAGGAAAUUCCGGGGCAUCCGUGCCUGAAGCUGGUGGCCAAUAGCGAGCAGAUUCUGACCAAGCGGUGGAGCAGGCGGCUUGUGACUAUGGUGAAGGUUGCUCCGUACAGCGAUGACAUGGCAGCUGCACACGUGGCGGCGCAUGAGUGGUUCAGGAAGAAGCAGAUAGAGGAGAGUAGGAUGAUGAGGGAAAUGGGGGAGGCAGGGGAGGUGAGGGAAGGGGAGGAUGAGGGGAGCAGGGAUGGGGAUGGGGAAGCGAGUAGUGGGGGAGGUGGCAAGGGGGUGAAGCAGGGAAAAGGGGAUAAGAAAGGGGAGGGAGAGAGGAGAUCAGGGAAGAAUUUUCAUGACUUGGUGUUUGCAUCGCGGGCAGAUGAGGUGGCCGGGAUUCACCAGCAGGCAUCGGUGCAAGGCAUGAGGGACGAGAAGGGAGAGGAGGGAGGACGGGGCACAACGAAUGGGGUGCCGCAUAGAUUAUCGCGCAAGGCGGCGAAGCAGGCAUCCAGACCACUGUAUCGUGCCAAGUGUGUGUGA